UCCUGUCCGGCGCACAAAAGCCACGUCAUUUGGAGUACGUAUGUCAUGAAAGGCAGGCAGGUUAUUAGAUCAGGUUAUCGGUGCUGUCAUUUGUGUGUUUUUCAAGCGUGACAAAACAGAGAAUAUUUCAGAAGAGUUGAUAUGUUACAAGGCUAGCCCCUACAUUAAAAUGGUUUUGCUUACUAUGAUUGCCCGGCAACAAGACGGGCUUCCUCUUGCAGCAUCUGUUCAAGAAGACGAACAGGCUGGCAGAGGCCUUGUAGAGUACCAGACUCAAGCAAAACUGCUGUUCCGGAAAAUUGCUGGAGACCCAAACCCUCCUACUAGGUGUAGCCUAGAGGCAGGCCAGUACAUUUAUCACUAUGUCUUGGAAAGAGGUGUGUGUUAUCUGGUGCUAUGUGAGAAGACUUUCUCCAAGCGCCUGGCCUACACCUACCUUGAAGACCUCCAGAAUGAGUUCCAGAACCAGUUCGGGGCCAAAGUGCAGACUGUUUCCAGACCAUACAGCUUUAUAGAGUUUGACACUUACAUGCAGAAGCAGCGAAAAUCAUAUAUGGACUCUAGAGCUCGCCGGAACUUGAGCACCAUCAACACUGAGCUGCAAGACGUACAGAGGAUUAUGGUUCAGAACAUCGAUGAUGUCCUACAGAGAGGGGAGGCACUUUCAGUACUAGACACAAAAGCUAGCAACCUAUCAACACUGUCACAGAAGUAUAAGAAAGAUGCCAAGUACUUAAAUCUUCGAUCAUCGUACGCCAAGAUUGGAGCUGUUGUUGUUGUUGUCAUUGUGUUCUUGUUGUUUAUUCGUUACUGGAUUUUGUAAAAAAAAAAAAUUGUUUUAUUUUGGUCUUUCAAGAAGAACACUGGAUCUUUAUUUCCAUACAUCAGCGUUAAGUCAUCAUUAACACAUAAUUGUGCAAGCAAACCUGGAUUUACACUUAAGCCCUCUUACAGGUAUGUACUAAGUUGUUUUCUUUUUAAAAUUGUCCUUAGUUGCUUUUGAUGAUAUGGGUUGUUUUUGGUUUUUUUUUGAGAAUGAUUUUUUUUUAAUAUAUAUAUAAGAAUUGAUUAUAGUGAAUUAACCCUACGUUUUCAUCUGCUGCACAGGGUGUGACAAAUAGGCGUUUUCGUAUCAACAUUACCACUACUGUUAGUUUAGGCCUUGUUACUCCUCAAGGAGCAUAGGGACACAUACAACUUUUGUGUUUCAUGAAUAUUAACCGUACAAGUCUGUGGGCAGAGUGCUUUGAUUGCUGGCAUGUGAUUGACCUGUUAAAAGAUGCAAAGAAUGUUUUUGUGCAUGGUGAGAGUGAAGUUGCGAAAAUUUGCAAUGUGAUUUUUCUUAUCUUGAUCUGCAGGUCAUCUAGAUGAACAUAAAAGUAAUCUUUCAAAUUUGUUUACCAUGAAAUAUAGUUAUUUGAGCAAACUUGUGUUGUUUUGUCUGUGACUUCAACCUUUUUGUGCAUACAAAUCUGAAAGCUUGCACAAGUAUGCCCAUGCAUUUUUCUUGUUAGUGCCAUUUUCGCUUUGUAUCCUAGUAGCUGUUUGCAAAUGUCUUUGAUGUCUACUUUCAUCAGCCAUCGACUGCUGGAAUGAACAGUGUGUUUGUUUCACAAUUUAUUUAAAAUACAAGAUCAGCAGAUCUCCUUUUGUGCAUUUGCCAGUGAAAUAUAGGGAAACUGUAUGCAACUGUAGUUGUUAAUUUUGAAUGUGCAUGCACACUGUCACAUGUUAAUGCAUGUGUGGGACAAUAAUGGGGAGUGUGUGUGCAUCCAGUCAUCCAUGUGCUUUUGAGUGUCCACAUUUUAUUGUUUCAUGGUACAUGUGUGUGUAUGCAUGCACGCAUACAUUUACUAUGUGUGCCCUUUGCUCAUGCUGUGUGUAUGUGAGGAGAGCCCAGCUGUUCAGGGUACAUCAGUUUUUUUUUCUGCUGCUGGCCACCUCAUGCCCAGCCUCCUUCUCUUGUUGCUAGUCAUCAGGUCUAUUUGGCUCAGGCUUAGAUGACAGGCGCUUGGGAUUGAUUCAGUCUCCCAUGUCUGGAGUGACAUUGUCCUGUUUGCUAGUCUGCCAUCAUAUUGCCAUGAAGAUAACUCUUUACAUUUCAGUUUCCUGUUCAUUGACUGUCCAUAUUUCACAGAAAUGUAAUGAGUAAAUGCUACACGCAUCUGAGUCAUACACAGAACCAGCUCCAGCUACCUAGGAUAGCAUGUUUGUACAAAAUGUUUAGACCUGACAAAUACUUGUUGAGGUGAAUUGAAACAGUAGCAUGGGUCCUGCUUGUGACAUGAUGACAUUGUUUGAUGCAAAAGCAUAGGAUUUCUUUCUUUGACAGAAUGUUUACAUUUUGCAUUUGUUUCUUCUGGAUGCUUCAUGAGCAUGUUUCAGUGACAAUAAAAUUAUCUCUUGUCCAA